AUGUCCGGCCCCACUGUCGUUAAACCCGAUACGUCGUAUACGGUACCCCUCCUCAUCAAUGGCAAGGAGGUCGUCACCGAAACCACCUUCCCCAUAACAUCGCCCGCAACACAAAAUCAAGUAUGGAACUCAUCUUCCGCAUCGCUGGACGAUGUCAAGAGUGCAGUCUCUGCAGCAAAGGCUGCCUUCCCCGCGUGGUCCAAAAUGAAGCCGGCAGCCCGGCGCAACAUUUUCCUGCAAGCUGCCAACGUGGUUGAUGCACGCGCGAGUGAGCUUGCAGACUACAUGGAUAUCGAAACCGGUUCUCCAGGCGCGUUCAGCAAAGGCUUCAACGUGCCCAAGAUGGCCGAGAUGUUGAGGGAUGUUGCGGGACGACUGAGCGCGGUCAUGGGACAUAUUCCCAGCUGCGAAGAGGAGGGUACAAGUGCGAUGAUUGUUAAAGAGCCAUAUGGAGUUGUACUUGGCAUUGCACCUUGGAACGCGCCGUACAUACUUGGUAUGCGAUCGGUUCUGUACCCUCUCGCCGCAGGUAAUACUUGUAUCCUCAAGGGAAGCGAGUUCUGCCCUCGUACCUGGUGGGCUCUCGGCAGCGUCUUGAGUGAAGCUGGACUUCCCGCAGGUGCGCUGAACGUGCUCUUCCACCGUCCUGAAGACGCUGCGCAAGUCACCACCGCCUUGAUCGAGGAGCCAGCCGUCAAGAAGAUCAACUUUACUGGCUCCACCCCCGUCGGCCGCAUCAUCGCAUCAACAGCCGGCAAGAACCUCAAGCCCGUGCUUCUUGAACUGGGUGGCAAAGCAAGUGCCAUCGUGUGUGAAGAUGCCAACCUGCAAACCGCCGCAGUACAAUGCGCACUUGGUGCUUUCCUGCAUGCAGGCCAGAUCUGUAUGAGUUCCGAACGUAUACUCGUACACAAAGACAUCAAGCCUCAAUUCCUUGAAGCCUUCAAGGGUGCCGCAGAAGGCAUCUUCGGUGGCGACAAACCCGCACCCGUCCUUGUGGCCGCUCCCGGUGUCGAAAAGAACAGACGCCUCAUUGCUGAUGCAGUCAAGAACGGCGCAAAGGUCGUACACGGUGACCACGAGAGGGAGGAACAACACCCUGACACCAACGAAAUCGCAACCACACGCAUGCGCCCCAUCAUCAUCGACGGCGUAAACAAGGACAUGGACUUGUAUCACACAGAAUCUUUUGGUCCCUCUGUUUCCAUCAUUGAGGUCUCGAGUGAUGAGGAGGCCAUUGAGAUUGCAAACGACACUGAGUACGGACUUUCAGGCGCCGUCUUCACCGAGAACCUGGGCCGGGGCUUGAGAAUCGCAAAGCAAAUUGAAAGCGGGGCUAUCCAUAUCAAUGCCAUGACUGUGCACGAUGAGUUUACUUUGCCGCAUGGUGGUGCAAAGGCGAGUGGAUUCGGUCGCUUCAAUGGAAAUUGGGGUAUUGAAGAAUUCUUGCGUCUGAAGACCAUCACGUACAAGGACUAG